CCUGUCCAGGAACAUGCCUGAGGAGUGCUGAUAUCACGUUCCGGCGGCCACCCGGCCAUGGCCGAAUGGCGUGUUUUUGGAAUUUACUAAGGCCGCCAGCCUGCCAGCUCCUGCCAGGCGGCCAAUUACUGACUCACAUAUAGUUAUUAAAGCAUGCUCAGCAUCUAGAACACAUCUCGCUCUUAUCAAUCUUUCCCUCGUGUCACUAUCAGUACUCUACUAAUAUCUCGUUGCGAUGACAUUCGAGGUUGUGUGGAAAUCAUCACACUACCACUCCGACGGUCGUCGCCGGAGUAGGCCUAAGGCUUCCACCUUCCAUGGAUGGCUAGUCAAAUGGCGCGCCACAUUUAGUGGAAAUGAACACCUUCGACGAGAAGGUAUGCGCGAAAUGCGCGAAGCUAAAGCCAUGCGGGAAUACAAGCGACAGCAGAAGAGAGCCAAGAAUGUUCCGGCAAAGCCGGGACUGUUCUCAAGGUUCAGCUUUGGGAGCACAAAGACAAGACGAACCGACCGACUGGCUCGAGGCUCACAUAGUUCUCACAGGAGCUACAGCAACCGACAAGCGGUCCUUGUGAGAGCUCCAAUCAGCCGACAACCUACACGACAAAGUUCACGACAACCUUCAUAUAAUUCUAAACGAGAUGUCGCGCGAAUUAGGUCUUCCAAAAAAUGAUCACGCUACUAAUUCUGACAUGUUGAGGUACUAUCUAUUAUCAUAAUUAUGUAUUUGAACACUCCACCUGCAGGGACUUAUUUAUCACGGAAGUUAUGUAACUUAUACUCGCCUCUCUGUAUAUGAUAAGACUCAAUGACGGUCAACUCGGAAAGACAAUGUGAGGGAAGGGGACUACAUUUCAAUGAUAUGCAAUAAAUCGCCAGGUACAUGACAGUCUCGGACCGGGUCCUUAGCUCCAGUAAAUGAAAAAUACUCGUGGAUGUGAGAUAUAGAUCUGCG